GCGCCGCGCGAUUUCAGCGCUGUUCAGGCCGGGAGAGCGCUCAAACGCGGUCCCGCAACGCGCCGCGCCGCGCGGGCAGCCCCCUGAGCCGCGCCCAGCCGUCGCGCGCACAAGUGUGGGCAGCCCAACCACCAGCAAAGCAACACCGAUGGACUGGAAUGAGGGAGACGAUUUUGACGAGGAGGAGUACGCCGACCUCUACGCCGACGAGGACGAGGCGGUCGAGCUCGACCUCCAGCAGGAUAUCGAGUCCGAGGCCGAGUCCGUGGAUUUGAGCCGCUUCGAGAGUUCGGCAGAAAAAAACGUGUUCUCCAGGAGGAACCGGAUUUGGAUAAGACGAGCUGUUUCUAAACCGAGACGACACCGAAAAAGCGAUGAAAAAGGCGACUGGAGCGAAAGUGCAUUCCCAGACGCAUUAGAUGAUUUCAGAGACCAAGACCGCAAUGCAGAAGCGUUUGAGGCUCUCAGAAGCUCGGCGCGGGACAAGGAGGUGCGGAACUUCCUUGUAGUGGGCGCACGUGGCAGCGGCAAGACCGCCGCGUGCGUUGCUUACGUCAAAGACUUCGCGAGACCUGACGCCGACCCGAAGGCCGAAGGCGCGCGGCGACGGGCGAAGAAGCUCGCGAAACUAAAAAUGAAGGACGGGAAAUUACCUUUACUAAGGCUGACGCAGGACGACGUGCGGAACGCGGCGGAGUUCGAAAGUGCCUUCGCGAAGUUUGUGAGAAUGGCAGAUCGGGACUGCGGCGAGAAAUGUACGAAGUUCGUCAUUCUGGACGGGUUGGACCAGUUGCUCGGCAAGGAGCAGCAGUUGAUCUACAAGAUCCUGAAGGAGUCGCACAAGAAGGUCGGCUUUUUGCUGACUGGGAGUUCCGAACGGAGGAUCCUGGACAAGUUCAAAAAGAAGUGCGAACUGCUCCACAUGAAAAGUUUGGAUCCGCGGGAUGCCUUGGACGUGUUUCUAGGUGUGGCGCAGGACAAGAAAGUAGGGUUUGAUAGGCCAGGCGCUUGCAUGUUAUACCGCGACAAGAGGUGCGCGGACAUGUCUCUGGGACUGGCUUUGCGCAUGCUGCAACGGUGUUUUGUCAAGUGGGAUUUUGUGAGUGAAAUGAACGUCACGAAGGAGUUCUGCCCCGAGGCGUUUAUCGCGCCGAAGACGAUCCAAGCGGGUGCUGCGAUGGGCGUGCCGGCACCGCGGUGUCCCAUCUGCACGCUACCGAUGCCCUGCGCGCACUGCGACGAGCAGGAGUUGGCGUCGCAAGGUUUGGAGCGGAGGGAGGAGUUACCUCGAUACGAGAACGCGCUGGCUUGUCCCUGUUUUGUCAAAUAUGGCUAUUGCCGCGUCUUCAACGAGUUCGGGCACUGCUCGCUGGACCAUCCUAGGGAUCGCCAUGAUGUGAUAAAGCCACCCCUAAAAUGUCCGCAGUGCACGAUGGUCUGGCCGUGCCGCCAUUGCAACUUUACACGAGCUCGUGAUGAGCUGCUCGAGACCGUCAAACGGGCGCAGAGGUGGUUCUCGCGGUAUAAUAAAGAUAAGGUUUUACUGAGGCGGGCCGCGGACCGGUACAAGGAGAAAUUAGACGAAGGUGCGGAGCUGGAGGAGAUAGAUUUUGAAUUAAUGGACGAUGAGGCAGACGCCGUCGCUGCGGCUGCUGAAGACGCCCAGGAGUUCUAUGAUACGGAGCUCUGUGUCGUCGAGGAGGAGUACCGGGCCUUCACGGACUGUAUUUACUCGUUACAUCGGGUCGUGGGCGACAAGAUCAACAGUUUUUUACCCGUCAUUUCCAAAGAGGUAGCGGCCAAAAAGACGAUCCACAGCGAUGCGAUGCUGCGCAUGCAGCUUGAAUAUUUGUGCUACAUCGACCAGGACCCGCCGAAGCCGACGACGCCCAAAACCACGAUUCGGUUGUCGCGGACGGCUAGAGCUAUUCGAUCGUUCUCGCCGUCGCGACAGGGGACGCCGGGGGCGCCGGUUGUGUCCUGGGACUAAGUUUUGUUUGUGUG